GAUUAGUCGAGCUAUUUGCCAGUUGAGAGCACUAUGACGACGAGGAGAGGGUCUAACCAUGCCGGAGCACUAAAAAAACGAAUAGGUGCUAUAUUAAAGGAUACUAAAACUUCUAGACAGUCACCUAAGGAUGAAAUUAUUCAAGACGGCGAUCUCGUAUAUAGGACUAUUAGAACCUAUCCCUCCAUUAGAAAUCGAUCACCAGAUCUCAGAACAUCAAUAGUUCGCCUCAGUGCUCUCGAUGGUAAAAGUUUUAUUUCUCCCGAAAGACGUUCAUCAUCUCAAGACGAAAACUUUUCGCCAAAAGUUGAUAGGGCUGCCUCAAUUGCAACAAGCCUGGGGAACAAAGAAAAGAGAAAUAUAAUAAUUUGGCCAGAAUGGAAUGAUGCUGAUUUAAAUACUGAAAAAUGGGAUGCUGUUCAUCGAGUAGAUAAAAAAGCAGAAAAAGGAAAAUCUCCAGUUGUUCAGCACUAUUUUGAUGAUCCUGAAGCCAGAGUUGAAUUUUUUGCUUGUGGGUUUAAACCUGUUUCCUGGAAAAGACCUCAAGAAUUUAUACUUGACAAAGUUCCUGUUGUUAUUGACCCUGAACAUUGCACAGGAUUCGAUUUGAUUUCAUGUAGCGAAGUUGCUCACGAAAAUGAACUAAUACGACACAUUUCUAGCCAAAUAUCAUCUUUAUUCCUUGUACGCCGUCUUAAAGGCCAAACAUCAGAAGAGAACGUACCUUUCGAUGGGACUUAUACAUAUCGUUGGCGACCUUGGGAACAUAUAUUUAUGGCAAAACUUGCGGGUAAAGGACCUAAUGCUCCCACCUUUAACCCGUUCGGAAAGUAUGCAGUCAAAAUAUAUUGGAUGGGUUGUUGGCGAAAAAUUAUUAUCGAUGACUCUAUUCCGUUCGACGAUAAUGAUAAACCACUUUUACCAUGCACCAAACAACCACAAGAACUUUGGCCAAUGUUAUUAACGAAAGCCCUUCUAAAAAUUGCUGCUAUAGACUUUGGCUCCGGAUCUCCUUAUUUAGACUUUGGCGACUUCAACGUUAUUGAAUGUCUAACUGGAUGGGUUCCGGAAACUAUUCCAUUGCAGUGUGGUUAUCGAAGUGAAAUGUGGAAUCUGUUGAAGAAUGUACUGCCUGAAUUCAAAUUACCGGAUCCCGAAAAAGAAAAGGAAGCCGCAUCUCAGAUUGCAACUGAUAUUGAGGAACCAGCAAAGUCAGAAGAAAUUGUAAAAGAUGCUAAAGCUGUUGAUACUAAAAAUCAGAAAGAUACCAAGAAAGAUAAAAGUGACAAAAAGGAUAAGAAAGACAACAAGGAAAAAGCAAAUAAACGAGACGCGAAGCGAAUGUCAGUGCAGUCAGCUAGAGCUGCAUCAGAGGAGAAGAGUAUAGUUCUUGACGAAAAUGCAACUCCUCAAAAUCCGGAAUUAAUAGUUCUUGCUAGUUAUUGUGGUCCACCAAAGUUUCCAAUGAAAGUAUCAGCUCUUACUGAGAUGGCAGACGCAAGCGAAAGGCUACGACAAACUGGCUUUUCUCACCAAUAUACUCAUUCCGUUCUCCUUCAGCAGACGAGAUCUUGCCCUCUGGAACCUCCACCUCCGCAAGAAAUUGUGCCCAACUGGAAGCUUAUUCGACCUCGAAAGAAAAAAGGAACUCCAUCUGAUUUACCAGAAGAGGAAGAGAUAGAGAAGCCAAUUCAAAGUGUUGAAUUGUUUUCUCCAUUUCUGGAUUAUAAAGUCAGCCAUAUGCCAAUUCCACAAAAGACGAAGAGGCCUAAAUCAGCUUUAGAAAGACAUUCCACAAAGGUAUCUCCAGCUGACCCUAUUGAGGAAGAAGACAAGCCCAAACCAAUUCCAUCUCCAUCGCCACCAAUUCAGAGAGAAGCCACACCUCCCGUUCCUCCGGCUGUCUCAACUCAACCUUCAGUGGAUUUAAAAAAUGGAACUGACGACGGUAAAAAGAAACAACCUGCUGCAAAUUCCAACAACACUAAAGUUACUGCGCCAUCACCGGAUAAAAAUUCAAAGAAGAAAGGACCUUCAACACCAACAGGGAGCAUAACUACAAAAGAUUCUGGCAAAGAAGAAAUUCCCAAAGUCACAGAACCUUCGCAAGGAUCACAAGAAGUAGCUACUUCAGAAGUAGACAAAACUGAAAUGACAAAAAGACAAUCUCUAUGGAUGGAUUAUGAGAUAUUUUCUAGGUGUUUUAGGAUGAUAACUAUUUAUCAUAAAACGGAAACAUAUCAAUUUUCGGCAAAAGAUUCGGAUUUGACCAAAGUAUCUACUCCAUCUCCAACAAGAGAUAAGAAAGGAGCAGCGGGAGCAGCCGUGCCACAAGAAGAGAAAUCUCCAAUGUUUUUAUUUGUAGAUAGCUUGAGAACAAGUGAAAUUGUCGUUUCCUUCAAUGCUCUAUGUCGUUGGCCAGCUGAGCGUAGUAUUGGUUUGUUGCCCUCUAAAACUAAGUCGGAUUCGGAAAGCACCUCAGAAUCUCCGCUUCAGAAUUCAUCUGCAACAUUUAACGAGAUAAUUCAGCCAGGAUUACUUGUCGCUGAACCAUAUUCUUGGAAAACUGUUGUAACUGGUCAACCUAUACUACGCCUUAGGACAACAGGUUCUAAAUCUGCAGUGAUGACUUUACAACCUGGUCGUCAUCUCUUAAAAUUGCAUACAAACUCUCCUCUUGGUUAUCAUAUUCAUUUCCUUUCUGCAACUCCAUUCGUUUUCGGUGACGAAGAUAAGAUUAUGAACGAACUCGUAAAAGAAAGCGCUAGAUUUUUAAAUUCGUCUCAACUUUUAGCAAAAGCAUUGGGAAAAUGUCUUACAUCUUUGUCAGACACAGAAAAAUUAAAAGAAGCUUGGGAUGAGUUUAUUUCCAUCCAUUGUCCCUAUUUGGCAGAGAAAAACGCAAGGAUUAAGAGACAUUUUUCAAUUUGGAAUGAAGCUCUAUUUUUAACUGUUCAAAAAUUUUUGAAAGAAGAUGCCUCUAACUUUCGAACUCCGGAAAUGGCUUUUGCAUGGCGCGUUUUAACUCAGGAUUGCACAUCUACUAAUAUUUUAGGGCAGGAUCUAAGUCACUCUCGUCCAGUCGGUUUGCGCACUGAAACUUCCAACACACCGCGACCACCAGUUGUCGCUCCCCCGCCUGCAGCUACGGCUGCAGCUGGUAGCGUUCGUGGUUCUGCUAGAGAUUCAAAAAUGAAGAAACGUGCCUCUGAAAAAAAUAAAGAAGCGGAACAGCAUGCCGAUCGUUUGGCUAAUGAAGCUCAACACGGGGAAAAGGAAAAGGAUCCCCGUAUUGAAUAUUGGAUUAAUAGAUACCAAAAGGAAGAAAUUACUGUGGAAGAACAAGUUGCAGCCACAAGAAUUCAAAAAGUUUAUAAAGGUCAUUGGGUCAGAAGUAUUUUAAAAGCGAGAAGACCAAACUUGAUGUUUGUAAAGAUGAAAGAGAAGGGGGAAUACACUUACAUUGAUUUAAAUUUGAGAUGUUCAGAAUGGCUACAAAAAUCCUGGAAUAUUAUCGAACCAAAAACAGAGGAAUUUGGAUUACAACUCUUUAGGAAUGUUUUUAGGAAAGAUCCAGAUAUGUUGGAACGAUAUACUUUUCACAAAGACGAAUGGAAUAAAAUUUCUUAUCAAGAUUUCAGCGGUACAUAUCCUGAGAAAGCCCAUAACUCUUGGUUCGUACUCUUCAAAGAAAUUUUUUAUGUUUCUGAAGAACUUCCAGAAGUAUUGUGCGUUCCAAAAUUAUAUGUACCAUUUCAAGCGGCCAUGGUUCGAGUUGUUGACAAUGACACUGGCCAAGAAUUACCUAAAGUAUUUAAUAAAGUCUCUCCGCAUAUUUACCGCUUGAAUAGAAAAGGCUACACAUUCAUGGCUGAAGCCAGAACGUCUGAUAGUCCUAUUCCAGCUGGUAGAUGGAGGCUACGGUUGAUAGGAUCUGCAUCUCCACUCCCUGCACCGGCUAAGCCAGAGGCUAUAAGUGCCGCUUUUGACGUUCAUGAAAUUCGAGAUUACUAUGUUCCCAAAAAUAGCUUGUUUUUGCGGUACAAUGUUAAAAAUGUGUCUGAUGAUCAAGUUGCGGUCGUUCAGCUAUCAACGUCGAAUAGUGACGUCCAAAUCAAGAUAACUGUUUUUGAUAAUGACAUAGAAGUAGCAAGUACUCAAGGAAAAGGUCAUGCAGUUAUUCCGGCAGUUCUAUUUCACCGAACGCAACCUUUAGAUGACGAAACAUCGAGUAAAAGGAGCUCCUCUAGGGCAUCGGCAAGAGGAGGUGGAGGUGGAGGAAAAACUGACAAAAAGAGUAAGAGAGGACAAUCACCUGCCACAACUUUAGCUGCUUCGGUAUGUGGACAGGAAGAAACUGUUCACAAAUAUGUUAUAGAAGCUACUGUUCUGAAUAAUUCCUGGCCUCUAACGGAACGCAAUUGGGCGUUUGUGACACAAUUAAAGGAGCAAGAAAAGAAUGAAUUGAAAGUUUUCCUACCUCCUGAUCAACAGCCUGUCCAACCAGAAAUCCCACCCGAAGUGAGCAAUAGACCCACAUCUGGUGGAAAAUCAAAAGGAAAAGGGUCAAAGGGGGCAAAGGCAGCUGGAAAAGAUAAACUUUCCAGGCCGCCAUCGCAGCAAUUCGAUAUCGGUAGACCACAUUGGAUUCUGAGGGUCGUGAGUGAAAGCAGUGACACCCUGCAAGUACGUAAAGACACGGAGAGAGCUGAUCAAAUAAAAUCAAUGAAGAGAGCUUGGGAAGAAGCAGAACCUGGAAGGGCAGCUAAAGCCGUUCAAUCCAGAGCAAAGUUUUUGGGAGAAAAUCUAAUUGAUAUUGAACAGCCUGAAAAGAGUGACCAACAACCAACGUCUGAUGAGGAUACCUUAUUAAACGAUCCGCCUCCACCGCCUCCUCCUACGCAAAUAUUAAAAGAGCUGGAUAUCGAUCAGUUUAAAAGGCGAACAACUGAAACACCCAAACUACUGGAUGAAGUUGAGGAAGCUAAACGAAUGAUAAAACGCAAAGAAGAAAUGAGCUCUUAUAGAGAACAUCGAGACUACGUUGAAAAGAGGAGAAAAGAAGAUAGAGUUAAUAGGAAUAAAGAGAAAAUCAAUCAAAUUGAUAUGUAUACUCGUUUACAGUUGGAAGUAAACAAAAUGCGACGAAUUUACGAACGUCGCUUAAGAGCUUUUAGACGCCCGUUGUCUAAUGCUAACCGCCCUUUAACUAGUAGUUCAUAUGCAGGAUUUAGCUCCGCUAAUAAUUAUCCUAUGGAGCUCGAGAAACUCCGAGAACAGGUUGAUAUGCCAAGAGAAGCUUACAGACAAAAAUUGUUAGAAGCAGAAAGACUCCGACAAGAAGAGAUUGCAGCAAGAGAAGCAGCUUUAAGUGCUGAAUUGGAAAAAGAGAAUUCAGGCAAAAAGAGCCCAAAAGGAAAGAAGGGAAAAGGAAGCGCGAAAGGAAAAAAAGGGAAAAAAUAA